AGCUAAAUAUUCAGGAUGAGCAGUGCCAAAAGGAUUAAGAAUGUAUCCAUAUCAGUUCCGGUGCUUUAUGGUAAUACUGCUGUGAGGCUCACUCCAGAAAUGAGAACUGAAAGAACACCAGUUGAUCAUACUCAUGAAUGGACCAUUUUCUUUAAACCGGUUCUUGAUAACAUUGACUUGACGCCCUUGUUAAAGAGGGUCACUUUCAAGUUACACGAGACUUAUGAGAACCCAGUAAGAUCGAUUGAAAAGCCUCCUUAUAAAGUGACAGAAACUGGAUGGGGGGAGUUUGAGAUUAUUAUCAAGUUACAUUUUCACUCGGGGUCUGAAUUAGGAAUCAACGAAAAGAAUUUCCAGAUCUUUCAUGCCUUAAAAUUACAUCCUUUCAAUCCCCAGCAUCCAAUCAAAGAAAACGGAGAAGUUCAUUCUGUUUUAUACGAUGAACUAGUUUUCCAAGAACCUACUGAACGAGUGUUUGAAUAUUUAACUCAAAAGCCUCUGAAUUUACUACCUUACAAACUCAGUGAUCCUCUGAAGCGAGAUCAAGAAUAUAUAAAGACAGAUGAACUAGACGAAAUAGCUAGAUUAGACGUGUACAUUAAUAAAGUCAAAGAGGAGGUAGAAAAUCAACGCAACCAAUAUAAAGAUUUAGAACAAGAGAAGUUGGCUCUUUUACAAUAAAU